AUGGAGGCGUGGACAAUGAUCGCAACAUUGAUGAAAAAAGUAGAGGCCUUCGAAAUGUGGGCUUACCGACGUAUAUUACGUAUAUCCUGGACUGAGCACGUGACCAACGAAGAGGUACUACGCCGGAUAGGUAAAGAGAGAGAGGUAGGAAUAAGUAUAAAGAAGAGAAAGUUGGAAUACUUGGGUCACGUUAUGAGACAUAAUAAAUAUAGAGUACUACAGCUGAUCGUUCAAGGGAAAAUAGACAGCAGAAGGGGUUCAGGGAGGAGAAGACACUCGUGGCUCCAAAACUUGCGGCAAUGGUUCGGAUUGUCAUCUGCUGAACUAUUAAGAUCUGCCGUAAACAAAGUCAGAAUAGCCAUGUUGAUUGCCAAAGUUCGGAACGAACAAGGAACAUGA